AUGAGUUUCCAAGUCAACGCCACUGCCACUGCAACAGCAGCAGGUGCACCUAGAAGACAUGGUCCUAAUUUAAAUAUUGUAAUUUCCUGUCCUGAAUGUAAAGUUUAUCCACCAAAAGUAGUUGAACGUUUCAGUGAGGGUGAUAUAGUUUGUGCCUUGUGUGGAUUAGUCUUGAGUGAUAGAAUUAUCGAUACCCGUUCUGAAUGGCGUACCUUUUCAAAUGAUGAUCAAAAUGGAGAUGACCCAAGCCGUGUCGGUGAAGCCUCUAACCCCUUAUUAGAUGGCUCGCAUCUAUCCACGAGAAUUGGUCCCAACACAGUUGGUGGUGACUUAAAAAUGACCAGAGAAUUGAACCGUGCACAGAGUAAAAGUAUUGUUGACAAAAGAGACAACGAGUUGCAAGUGGCUUAUGCUAAAAUUACUGUUAUGUGUGAUGCAGCAGAAUUGCCCAAGAUUGUUAAAGAUUGUGCAAAAGAAGCCUAUAAAAUUUGUUUCGAAGAAAAAAUCUUGAAAGGUAAAUCACAAGAAAGUAUUAUGGCUAGUGUCAUCUUGGUUGGGUGUCGUAGGGCUAAAGUUGGUAGAUCUUUUAAGGAAAUUUUAUCCUUGACAAACGUUAAAAAAAAGGAAAUUUACAAGACUUUUAAUAUUAUCAAAAAUGUGUUAAAAGAAAAAAAUGCCACCGGGUUUGCCAAUAUCGAUACAGCAAACAUUUCUUCAGGCCAAACCUCUGCAGAAACCUUUAUUCCUCGUUUUUGUUCUCAUUUGGGGUUAUCUGUCCAGGUUGCUAAUGCAGCUGAAUAUAUUGCUUUACACUGUAAAGAUAUCAAUGUAUUGGCUGGUAAGUCUCCAAUCACCAUUGCUGCUGCCGCGAUUUAUAUGUCUAUUUUGUUAUUUAAUUUGGAUCUAAGUCCAGCACAGGUUUCACGUACUUUGCAAGUUACUGAAGGUACCAUCAAGACAGGAUAUAAAACUUUAUAUGAACAUAAAGAAAUAGUUAUUGAUCCAAGAUUAAUAGAAUCCGGUAAGGUUAGAAUCGAAAACUUACCUAAACCAAAUGAAAGAGCUGCGAAUGGCACAGCGGCAACUAAUACAAACAUUCCUGUAAUUACACCAGCAGCUACACCGGCACCUGCUUCAUUAAAAGAGGAAGUUAAAACAGGGGGAAAAUAA